AUGUAUGGUGAUACAAAUGGCCGCACUCUGCGCUGGGUAGAUUUCAUGGUGGUGGAGGGGUGCAUUUCCUCUGGCAAUCCUGCCCCCGUCAAGGACCCGAGCAUGGACGCCCCGGACGAUGCUGUGCUGCGCCUGGCCCGGCUGGCUCUCGGCUGCACUGUGCAGCGUACUGCAAACCGGCCCAGCAUGGCAGACAUCACCAACGAGCUACAAGGAAUCAGGGAUGAGGUGGUGGGGACGGAGGAACUGAGUGCAGCAGUUAAGGUGGAUGAGCAAGCUAAGGAGAUGCAAAGUGGGACGUCGUACCCCAAUAACUUGGCUGCAAUGUUGCAAGAUAUUAAGACCAUGGAUGAAGAGAUCAACAUUGAGCAAUGA